AUGAUACAUGUCAUAUCAGGCGGUUCGGAGAUCAUCGGCAUAAGCCAUGCAGCCACGAAGAAAAGUACUUCGAACACCAAGCAUGGCCUAGAGGCAGCCAAGCGUAAACGCCUGCUCGUGGGCACAAACGAAAUAAGCUUCACGGCCAAGGAGCAGGAAAAGGUUCUCACCCAACAUCACGACGCUCUGGUCAUAUCUCUCACUGUAGCGAACUGCCUGGUGAAAAGGAUCAUGAUAGACAAUGGCAGCUCCGGCAACAUCAUCUUCCAGGCCGCCUUCAAAGACCUGGGACUGGCUGAAGGCGCCUUAACUCAGAGGAUAACCCCACUCAUAGGGUUCAGUGGAGAAGUCAAGCAGACCGCCGGGGAAGUGACCCUCCCAGUAUAUGCCGAAGGGAUCAAUAUGUCAACCAUGUUCCUGGUUGUCGACUGCGAGUCGUCUUACAACAUGAUCUUGGGACGACCCUGGAUUCACGGCAUGGGAGCCGUCCCUUUAACCCUUCACCAGGUGAUAAAAUUCCCUACACCAUGGGGCAUAAGGGAAAUAAAAGGAGACCAUGAGCAUUAUCACUCCUGCUAUCAGACUACCCUGAAGGGGAAGACCAAGGUGGAUCCCCUACAUCAACCCGUCCGACAGAAGAGGAGAAAGUUCACUCCCGAAAGGGACGCAAUCAUCAACGAUGAAGGCAAAAGCUUGCUCAGCGCAGGAUUCAUUCGCGAGGUCCAAUAUCCGGAAUGGCUAGCCAACGUUGUCGUACUCAAUAAAAGGAACGGGAAGUGGAGAGUAUGCAUAGACUUCACGGACCUCAACAAAUCCUAUCCAAAGGACCCCUUCACCAUACCUUAUAUCGACAAGCUGGUCGUUGGUAUGGCGGGGCAUCAGCUGAUGAGCUUCAUGGACGCGUUCUCCGGAUACAAUCAGAUACUUAUGCAUCCGGAAGUUCAGGAGAAAACAUCUUUCACGAGGCCAGAAAAAUCAAGAAACAAGCAGCAAGGUAUUGUAUCUCCCAGGAGAAGUUGUACCGAAGAUCCUUAUCAGGCCCGUACUUAA